AUGUCAAUUAAUAUCCCAGAACAACCAAAAGAUACAGGUUUUUUCAAACCACAACAUGGUUAUGCAGAUAUAAACAUUAAAACUCAAAAAUAUUCAGAUAAACCAACACCAAUUAAAGCUCAUAAUAAUUCAGCUUCUGGGUUUAUAUCGGAACAUACUGAUUCAGCUCACGCUAAAGAAUAUGGUAAAAAAGGUGGUAAAAAAUUAUUUGAUAUUUUAAAAGGUCAAUUAAUUGGUCUUAUUUGCCACUAA